AUGAAGUUUCUUAUGAUCCUGGCUAUUUUCACUCUGUAUAUCGUCUGUAUCGAUGCCCAGCGCUUUUGUCAAGGACGACCUGUUUUUCAGAUAUGCACUGGCGGUCGGGAUGAAGGAAACAGCAAUGGACGUUUUUGCGGCGCUGCCUCCCAAAACGAAAUGUGGUUCUAUAAUUCCAGGGGUAGAAAGUGUGAAAAGAUGAGGUAUCGCGGCUGUGGGGGCAAUAACAAUCGCUACUGCAGCUUGUCAGAUUGUAUUGAAAAGUGCAGGCGCUGA